AUGAAAACAUAUGCUAUAGUGCUUAUAUCCUGCGGCUCUGCCAUAGCCGCUCUCAUAAUUCUCUGUUGUCUUUGCAAUGGACGCAACAAGAAGAAGCAAACUAGACCCCCCAUUAAUAACGCCAUGAGGACUAUCACUCAUCCUUCGGUUCAACCAGCUAAUUAUCGGGACGUUGAAAGAGGAGAUGGAACCAAAACCGCCACUAAUACCGGUAAAAAGGACGGCGGGAUGGUUAUUUUGGCAGGAGACGGUGCUGCCGUGGCCACUGCAGCUGUGGUUGCCAGUGUAAGUGGUGGAGAGGGCGGUGGUGGCACUGAUGGAGGUGGGGAUUCCGGUGGUGGGGGUUGUGGUGGUGGAGGUUGCGGCGGGUGUGGUGGGGGCUGCGGUGGAUGUGGAGGCUGUGGAGAGGAAGAAGAAGAAGAAGAAGAUCACGAUGCUGGGUCUGAUGGAUCCUCUGCAUGGAACAAGAAGAAGAAGAAGAAGACGAAGCAGCAAAAUGAAGCUUCUAUUCCCAUAACCACCAGAACCACCACGUGUACCACUAGGUCUCCUAGUACUACUGGAAAGACGACUAGCAACAGUGACGGUAACAUGUUAAUUUUGGCAGGAACCACAGCUGCUAUGGCCAGCAUAAGUGCAGCUGGAUUUGCCUGCGAUGUUGGUUCUAGUGGUGGAGGUGGCAGUGGUUGUGGUGGCGGUGGCGGAGGGGGUUGUGGUGGAGGUGGCGGAGGGGGUUGUGGUGGUGGUGGAGGGGGUUGUGGUUGA